AUGCAAGCUGUCAAGAAGCAGCAGGAUUAUGCUAGUGUGCAUGAGGCGGUGAGAGCUGGUGAUGUAGAACAACUUGCAGCCAUGAUAGAAAGUGGAGCUGGUGUUAACGAGGUGGAUGUAGUCCACAGUUUCACACCUUUGCACUGUGCUGCACACUCUGGGAGUCUGGAGUGCCUUCACUGGUUGCUCUGGCACGGAGCUGAUGUGACGCACGUAACCGUCAGAGGCUGGACAGCAGCUCACCUCGCGGCCAUCCGAGGCCAGGAUGCUUGCAUGCAGGCUCUGUUAAUGGCCGGCAGCGAGGUGGAAGCCCCGGAUGCUCGCGGCUGCACGCCGGCACACCUGGCCGCGGCCCACGGCCACUCCUACACCCUGCAGACCAUCCUGCGAAGAGGAGCGAAUGUGAAUGUUUCAGACAGGAGUGCCUGGAGGCCUCUCCAUUACGCUGCUUUCCAUGGUCGCUUGGGGUGUAUGCAGCUUCUCGUUAGAUGGGGAGCGUGCACAGAUGCUGUGGAUAACAAUGGAAACCUUCCAGCUCAUCUGGCAGCAGUAGAAGGACAUCUGCAUUGCUUUAAGUUCUUGGUCAGUAAAAUGGCCAGUGUCAGGCACACACUGGAAGCCAGGAAUAACCAAGGAGACACUCCAAGGGACUUGGCUGAACGGUUCUACAAAGAGAAUAUUCUGCAAUAUAUUAAUGCUGUGGAAAGAGAGGGGAAGCAUCCAGAGACACAGGGAGUUCUAGCUUUCCCAGCCCACGGCGCUGCUUUCAAAGGGGACUUGUCAGCGCUGAGGAGAUUAGUGAGAAGCGGAGUAAUCAAUAUUAAUGAGCGGGAUGAUGAGGGAUCCGCUCUCAUGCACAAAGCUGCUGCACAGGGGCAUAUCCAGUGCUUGCAGUGGCUGAUUGAAAUGGGAGCCGACUGUGACAUUAAAAAUGACGCUGGAGAGACUCCAAAGGACGUGGCCAAGAGAUUUGCCCAAGUGGCAGCUGUGGAUCUUUUGACAGAAAUAACUGGAGACAGUGACUCUAGUGCUGAAGAGCUGGAUGCAAACAAUGUGAAGUUCUUUGAAAGCCAUGGUGUGGAAGGCAGUACAGAUAGCAAAGGAGAUUUAGCCCUGGACAAAGAGCAGAGAAGGAAUGCACGCAUCAGGGCCUAUGGCAAGAUUCAAGAGCUUCAGCAGCUUCUAGAAACUGCCUACAGCAACUACAGGCAGCUGGGAGGGAUAACUGAGGAGGAGAAGCGGAUGAAGAAGGAAGAAAGGGAAGCUGAGAAGGCUGUGAGGGAGCUGGAGGCCCAGCUGGAAUAUGAGCGUGUCAGGCGGGAGAAGCUGGAGAGCCAGCUGGAUGGCUGCCGUGCUGAGAUAAGCCGCCUUAGAAAGAGCCUGGAGAAAGCCCGCGCUCCUCCUUCUCUCCCCGUGGAAGCUGAGAGCACCUCCAAGUCUUGCAAAGAGAAAAAGAAAGUAAAGAAGAAACCAGCCUGCAGCCCUGGAGGAGUGUUGGUGAGACUGCGCUGAAGGAGGAGCCUCUGAGGAGGAGGCUGCUGGGGUAGAAUGGCAACACUCCACAC